UAGUGGAGAGGGAGUUUGCUUUGAAGAGUAAGAAAAACAAGAUUGGCUAGAACCUGAUCUGGGGGCAAGAGCAAGAAGACAACAGAGUGGGUUCAGCUGGAUGGGGCAUAGGAGUAUGCCCCAGUAAUGGGAAGGGGUAAAUAUUGGGUCAGGUCUCUCCCUUCCUUGCUUGGGGCUGGUGGGAAUAACAAGGUUGUACCAAGGCUCUGUUCCUUGUCUUCAUCUGCCUCUCCCCUCUCCACUCUCCCCUCCCUGAGCCAAGGUUAACAACCCUCUUCUCACCACCCAAACCCCAUGAGGCCAGGACUGGGCUGUGUGUAGGGCAGGGUCUCUGAGGUGGAUAGGUGAGAGGGCUAGGAUUAGGGGUAAGAGGCUGUGGGAAUGGGUGGUGCCUGCAAGAUGUGGGGGGUGACAAAGGGUGACAAGCUGACUUUCCCUUUCCCCUCCAGCAUGAACCCCUAUGCAGGGUUGGUGAGCUGCCUUCAUGCUUCUUGGCUCACAGGGAAGACACGCCCCAUGGAGUACCGGGUCUCCCAGCUGGAGGCACUUGGUCACUUUCUGGAUGAGAAGCAUCAGCCCAUUUUGGAUGCCUUGGCCUUGGACAUGCACAAGCCCCAGUUUGAAGCAAAGCUUUCUGAGACUGUCCUAUGCAAGAAUGAGCUCAACUACACACUCAACAACCUGAGAAGCUGGAUGAAGGAUGAGCAUGUGGACAAGAACAUGGUGACUCAGCUGGACAUGGCCUUCAUCCGCAAGGACCCCUAUGGGGUUGUGCUGAUCAUCGGGCCCUGGAACUAUCCUGUCAAUCUCCUCCUGGUGCCACUGAUUGGGGCCAUUGCUGCUGGUAAUUGUGUCAUCCUCAAACCCUCUGAGAUCAGCAGCUGUGUAGAGAGGCUCAUGGCUGAAAUGCUUCCCAGCUACCUGGAUAGGGACUGCUUUGCUGUGGUUACUGGUGGCAUAGAGAAGACCACAAAGCUGCUGGAGAAUAGAUUUGACUACAUCUUCUUCACUGGCAGCACCAGUAUAGGCAGGAUUGUCAUGGAGGCUGCAGCUGAGCAUCUGACACCGUUAACCCUGGAGCUAGGGGGCAAGAACCCCUGCUACGUAGCUGAUGAUUGUGACUUGCAAAGUGCGGCCAACCGGCUUGUCUGGGGGCGCUUCUUCAAUGCAGGGCAGACAUGCAUUGCACCCGACUAUGUGCUGUGCACCUUGGAGAUGCAAGAGAAGCUGUUACCUGCCCUACACCGUGCUAUUGCUGACUUCUAUGGUGCCAACCCCCAGGAGUCACCUGACUUCGCCCGCAUCAUCAGUGACAAGCAGUUCCAGCGUGUGCAGUCCCUUAUGGAUAGUGGACAUGUGGCGAUUGGAGGGCAGACAGAUGAGAAGGAGCGGUAUAUUGCCCCUACGGUGCUGGUGGAUGUGCCAAUGUCAGCACCUAUAAUGCAGGAGGAGAUCUUUGGGCCGAUCCUACCCAUUGUCACUGUGGCCAACUUGGAGGAAGCCAUCGACUUAAUCAAUGGCCAGAAGCAGCCGCUGGCUGUGUAUGUCUUCUCCUCUAACAAGAAGGUGGUGAAACAGGUGCUGGAGCAGACGAGUAGUGGUGGUUUUGCCAGCAAUGACACCAUAAUCCAAACAACAUUGAUCACACUGCCCUUUGGUGGGAUUGGUCCGAGUGGCUUGGGGAAGUACCACGGCAAGUUCAGCUUUGACACCUUCUCUCAUCACCGUACUUGUCUCAUGCACCGCAUGGACCAGGAGAAAUUGAAUACACUCUGCUACCCACCUUAUGCCCAGCAUAAUCCACAGUCUCUGCUAUCCACCUCUGAGAUCAGGUGCAAGAGCACUUGCAACCUGCUGUGAGGGGAGGUGUGGGCUGGCCUGGCUGAGCCCAGCUGCAUCCGACCUAUUGCCAUGCCAGCCUACUGAGUGCACACACCUGCGACUGCACAAGAAGGGAGAAGGUCUGUUGAGCUAAGCCCUAUCUCUCCCUACCCUGGCUGACCAGGAAAAUAGUGUGUGUCCCCUGCCCUUUUUCCACCACAAGCAGAUGUCUCUGCUCCCCCCAGCCUCCAUCCCAUCCCGGCAAGCUACUGCCCCUGCUAGCCUCAACUAGUCACAAACACAGUGGUUUCCAUGACUGUCCCCUUUUGGCAGGACAUAAAGACCCCCUAUUUGCUUCAGCUAUCACCCUGCCCACUCAUGCCCCCAACACAGUCUCAAACACCUUUUUCAACACCUCCCCAUUACCCUGAGGCAGUUACAAACAUCCCCCAUCCUCUUUCCCAGCUGCUCAGGCCAGUGGGUUGUGCGUUUCCCCUGACUUCCAGCACUGCUUCCCCAAUUAUCCCCACCCACAAACAACCACAUAGCCUCACUCACCCCUCACUCAGUCACAAGUCUGUUGCCUCACCCACCCAACUUGUCCAUUCAUAGACCCCUUGAUGCCUCAACCAUUCUCAGAUCCACCCACAGCUCCCCAAUGCCUCCUCCAUACCCACUGUUGCUUUAGCCCUCCUUCAGUCACAACCCCCUUCCCUUGCCUCACCCAUCCUUUGUCCUGUCACAGACAUAACCCUAUCCCCUCAAUCUUUUCCCCUCACACGUCCAAAUCUCAAACUUCCUAUCACUUCACCUGUACUAGGACCUUGCUGCACAGCAAUUUUGGGUGGCUCCUAGAGCUCUUAACUCCUGGAUUGUCUUUACAUUAACACUUAAAAUAGUUUCAAGCACUUGUUAUGUUGCUCAAAGUGAUGCCACUCCAGGACAGGAUUUUCUGUGAUCCAUGCUAUCCAGCUUGAGUUAUACUAAGGUGUAACCACUUUAGGCUACACCUUAGUAUAAACACCCCACUUGCCCCUCCUCUCUCACUGAACAAGAUCAGGCCCACUGCCUCCUGUCUGCCCACCCCAGCACCUCUGAUCCCCACUUACUGCCUCCUGCUUCCCACCCCCAUGCUUACUUGUGGCUGCCUGUGCUGUCUGUCCUGGGGAACAGGCAGGGAAGGGUUAGUCUGCCUGCUUGGCUGCUGCCAAUUCUGCUCCUUGGGCAGGUGGGGAG